GAACAAGUGUCAAAAGUUUGUAAAGUGAAGGGUGUUGAACAAUUUUUACGGGCAAAGUAAAAUAACUAAUAUUAUUGAACAAAUUUCUAUAAACAUGGAGUCUAAUGUUCCUGGUGUCUCGGCAUCUUCAAGAGCCACUAGAUUCAUGAUGGAAGGUGUAGGUGCUAGAGUAAUACGAGGACCUGAUUGGAAGUGGGGCAAACAGGAUGGAGGCGAGGGACAUGUAGGGACUGUAAGAAACUUUGAGUCUCCUGAAGAAGUGGUUGUAGUUUGGGACAAUGGUACAGCUGCCAACUAUAGGUGUUCAGGAGCUUAUGAUUUAAGAAUACUAGAUAGUGCCCCAACAGGAGUGAAACAUGAAGGAACAAUGUGUGAUACUUGUAGACAGCAACCAAUUUUUGGAAUACGGUGGAAAUGUGCCGAAUGCAGUAAUUAUGAUCUAUGUUCUGUAUGUUAUCAUGGAGAUAAGCAUAAUUUGCGGCAUAGGUUUUAUCGUAUUAGUGCACCUGGGGCUCAAAGAUGUUUGGUUGAGCCACGUCGCAAAAGUAAAAAGCAAGCUGUCAGAGGUAUAUUCCCAGGAGCAAGAGUUGUUAGAGGGGUAGAUUGGCAAUGGGAAGAUCAAGAUGGUGGUAAUGGUAGACGUGGCAAAGUUAAUGAGAUUCAAGACUGGUCGGCAGCCAGCCCUCGCUCAGCUGCUUAUAUCGUGUGGGACAAUGGCACUAAGAAUUUGUAUAGAGUAGGAUUUGAAGGAAUGGCAGACUUAAAGGUUGUCAAUGAUGUAAAAGGACAAAAUGUGUACAAGGAACAUUUGCCAUUAUUGGGAGAAUUGGGUCCUGGUCGGACAGGUCCUCAUGGACUGCAAGUUGGGGACCAAGUAAAUGUAGACCUGGACUUGGAGAUAGUCCAGUCACUGCAGCAUGGUCAUGGGGGAUGGACAGAUGGCAUGUUCGAAUGCCUGGGAUCCACUGGAACUGUUGUUGGUAUUGAUGAAGAUCAUGAUAUUGUGGUUACCUAUGCCAGUGGUAAUAGGUGGACAUUCAACCCUGCUGUUUUAACUAAGGUGUGCAGCGGAGCGGCGGGCGCGGGCGCGGGCGCGGGCGCGGGCGCGGGCGCGGGCGCGGCGGCGGGCGCCUUCGCGGUGGGCGACCUGGUGCAGGUGUGCGCCGACCAGGAGCGCGUCAAGACGCUGCAGUGCGGACACGGCGAGUGGGCGGAGGCUAUGGCUCCUACUCUUGGAAAAAUAGGUCGUGUGCAGCAAAUAUACCACGAUAACGAUCUCAAAGUUGAAGUUUGCAAUACAUCAUGGACUUACAAUCCAAAAGCCGUAACCAAAGUAGCAUCGUCUGAUGGAAGUAUCCCAGGAAACUCGUCAGGUGAACGUUUAUCAGCGCUUCUGAAGACACUGUUCGAGUCCCACGUGACCGGGGACGCUAAUGAAGAACUAGUAAAGGCUGCUGCCAACGGUGACGCGGCGCGUUGUGCCGAAAUACUGGCGAGGUCCGACGGGGCCGCUGAUGUUAAUGGCGUGUAUGGUGGUCACACCGCUCUGCAGGCGGCCGCCCAGAACGGUCAUGUGGAAGUGAUCCGUACGCUGGUGGAGCGCGGGGCAGAGGCGGACGCGGAGGACCGCGACGGCGACCGCGCCGCGCACCACGCCGCCUUCGGGGACGAGCCCGCCGCGCUGCGCGCGCUCGCCGCCGCCGGCGCUGACCUCAACGCCAGAAAUCGGCGACGACAAACCCCGCUGCACAUCGCCGUCAACAAAGGGCACUUAGGGGUCGUCCGAACACUGUUGCAACUGAGAGUGCACCCUAGUCUUCAGGAUUCUGAAGGUGACACAGCUUUGCACGAUGCCAUCACCAAGAAACGUGAUGAUAUGCUGACUCUGUUGUUGGAGCACGGCGCCGACAUGACGCUUACAAACAACAAUGGAUUCAACGCCCUUCAUCACGCUGCACUUCGCGGCAAUCCAAGCGCCAUGAAGAUAAUGCUGGGCAAGUCGCGGCCAUGGAUCGUGGACGAAGCGAAGGACGACGGCUACACGGCCCUUCACCUUGCGGCCCUAAACAACCACGCGGAAGUCGCUGAGCUCCUGCUAUGCGCUGGCGCACGUCCGUACCUCCAGAACGCUAACUUGCAAACUGCGCUCCAUCUGGCGGUCGAGAGGCAGCACACGCAGAUAGUGCGCUUGCUGGUGGCGCACGGAGCUGACCUUAAUAUAUGUGAUAAGGACGGCGACACGCCUCUGCACGAAGCGUUGCGGCACCACACGCUGCAACAGUUGAGGCAACUACAGGACGCGCGCGGCGCGCCUCUCCUCACCGGGCUGGCGCACACCCACGACAAGAAAUCCUCCGCGUCCAUCGCCUGCUUCCUGGCGGCCCGGGGAGCUGACCUCACCAUUAAGAACAAGAAAGGUCAAACCCCAUUAGACCUGUGUCCUGAUCCAAACCUCUGCAAGACGUUAACGACGUGUCGUAAAGAAGGAACUGGGGGUAUAUUGGAUAAAGUGACUCCGGAUAGCGAGCAAAGUUCAUUGAGCAUAGCGAGUGGAAGCGGGAGCGGAGGCGCAAGCGGAACCGGAACCGGAAGCGGUGCCAACGCAGCGGCCGGGGAGCCCGCCGCUGUCGCCAGCGGGAGUUCCACUCAAAUGUGCCAGUUCGAACUCACUUCAGACGAGUGCCUUAUUUGCUCUGAUGCGAAACGUGAUACAUUAUUCAGGCCCUGCGGACACAUAUGCUGCUGCAGCGUUUGUGCUGCGAGGGUAAAGAAGUGCCUGAUCUGCCGGUCGUGUGUGUCCGGACGGCAGCGCAUGCGCGAGUGCGUGGUGUGCUCGGAGGCGCCCGCCAGCGUGGUGUUCCGGCCCUGCGGCGACGUGUGCGCGUGCGCCGCCUGCGCGCCGCUCAUGCGCAAGUGCGUGGAGUGCCGCACGCCCGUGCUGCCGCCGCUCAAGCCGCCGCCCGAGCCCAACAACAAAGAUGUAGAAAAGGACAACAGCCAAGCUGCGCCGAUGAACAAAGGUCAAGCCGCAGGCGCGGGCACUCCACUCGUGGUCAACAACCUGGAGCCGCGCGCGCCGGCCGCCGACGUGCAAAAGUUACAACAACAACUGCAGCACAUCAAGGAACAGACGAUGUGCCCUAUAUGCUUGGACCGACUAAAGAACAUGAUAUUCCUAUGCGGACACGGGAUGUGCCAAAUGUGCGGUGACCGCAUCACCGUGUGCCCCAUCUGCCGCAAACAGGUUGAAAAGCGCAUAUUGCUCUACUAGCUAGCUGGCAACGUGGCCAGACUAUCUGCUGAUUUUUCUGAAAGUCACUAAUUUCAUGCAUGGUAACAGUUAGUACGAUAUUGAAUACCUAAAAGCAAUAGCGGUAAUUCUGUAUACUAAACGAAAGAGAUAAUAAGAAGCAUUAAGCCUAGAAAAUGUAAUCUCAACGUGACCUUUUGUAACCUCUAAUUAUUGUUACACAUUGUUAUUCUUACGAUGAGGUAAUCUAUGAGACUGGCAGGCAAUCUAACCUUAGAUGUCGCCGGUGUAGUUGAGGAGUUGAGGUCAUCCUAUUUGUCUAGCUCUGUGUGCUUUCAACUGUCACUGUCACUAGCAAAUGCCAUGCGCACUCGAUCUUGGCGCAAUUGAUUGUAAAUUCAAAUGACCUCCAGUUUCACAAAUGCCAUCUACCGAAAAUAGAAGGCGAACAUGAGCCCAAUGGAACAUUAGCCUCAGACACCAGUUACUCGUUAAAUACAGGGCGCUCAAUAGUACAGCACUCUUUAAAAUACAUUACCUUAUUAGGAAUAAUCUUUGUAUAACUCAGUGUAAGUGGUAUCGAUGAAAAAGCGACAUGUUACAACCUAUCAAUCGUAUGGUUCAAGAGUAUAUUUUAAUUAGUCUGAAGUAAGUGGCGUUAUCUCAUCUUAAAAAGCUGAGGUGUUCGGUUCGUAAUCCGAACGCCUCCGCAACAUGUACCUUCAUACUUU